AUGGCAGCCAAGUUGUUAAAAAUAAGUAUCAAUAUUCUGAUUCUACAUUUGAAGUGGAAGUACAAAGUUGGUUUAGAACUGCAAAAACACGAUAUGACAGGGAAAAUGCUGCCAAAAAUCCAUAAACGAGUCAAAGAUAUUGGAACUAUUUCUAAACGCCAAUUUCAAAGGCGUAUAAGAAAUAAAAUUCAAUUACACAACAAUAGUUUAACAACUGCCACAAAUUUUGAAACUCAGUCAUUAUCUCAGUUCAAUUCAAUUACACUAUUAAAAUCCCCUAAUAAACAACUUCAUUCAACCGUUACAAACAUCAAUACAACAAUUGAACCAUGUGAUUCUAAUACAACACCGAAUUUUACAAAUGAAUUUCAUACUUGUAUUGAAUAUUCUGCAGAGCCCCAACCCAUUGAUGACAUACUGUAUGUAACUAAUGAUAACCAGGAUAUAGAACAAGAUUUAGUUCAACAAAUUCGAAAGUGGGCUGUGCAGUUCAAUGUAUCACAUGGUUGUGCCAAUAAGAUGUUAAAUAUUCUUAGGAACACAGGUCAAAAAGUUCCUAAGGAUAUCCGUACAAUUCUACGUGAAUAUAAAGCUGUUAGAUCUAUUUCAGAAAUUCAAAAUGGUUCAUACCUAAAUCUAGGUAUUUGUAAUAUUAUACAACCUCAUCUUUUAAAACAAAUACAUAAUAUAACUAAUAAUAUACCUAUAAAAUUAAGUUUUAGUAUUGAUGGUCUUCCUUUAGCGAAAAAUUCUAAAACACAGUUUUGGCCAAUUCUUAUGUCGUUCAUAAAUUUACCAAUUUUUAAAAAGAAAAUUUUUCCGGUUGGAAUUUUUCACAGUUUUAACGGUAAACCCGGUAAUAUAAAUGAAUAUUUAGAACCAUUUAUAAAUGAACUAAAUCACAUUUUAACUCAUGGUAUUCAAAUAAACAACAAAAAGAUUAAUUUUGAAGUAGCUCACAUUGUUGCUGAUGCACCAGCUAAAGCAUUUUUAUUAAAUGUUAAAAACCAUAAUGGUUAUUUUGCUUGUACUUCUUGUGAAGUUGAAGGAGAUUAUUUGGAUCGAGUUUGCUUUUUAGAUGUAUCUGCACCGUUAAGAACAGAUAAUUCUUUUAGAUUAAAAUUAAAUGCUGAAUACCAUAAAGAUGGAUUUAGCCCAUUAAUAAAUCUACCUAUUGAUAUAAUAAAUUGUGUAGUGUUGGAUUACAUGCACUGUGUGUGCCAGGGGGUAAUGAAAAGAUUGUUAGAUUUUUGGGUUAAGGGAAAAAAACCAAUAAGAAUGUUGGGGGGAAAAAAAAGACUCAAUUUCUUUAGCUUUAUUUAAUUUAAGAAAAACCGUACCAUCUGAGUUUGCUCGUUUACCAAGAAGUCUUGAUGACUUGGAAUACUGGAAAGCCACAGAAUUCCUUGAAUUUUUACUUUA